AUGUUCUUCUUCAAAAAUUUCAACAAUCUUUUCUUCGUAUUUUGGGGAUUUUUUUUAAAUAAAAAGAUACUGUUGCCAUGGAUGGUGGACAGCAUAAUCAAACUCGAGUUAAUUGAUCAACCUCAAAUAAAAAUUCCAACACCCCAGAAAACUCAUUUUUAUCGUGAAGGUACUCAUGAAGAUAUCUUGAAGUUAUUGAAAGAUGAAAACUUCUAUGAAGAUGAAGGCGUAUUUUUGAAAGGCAAGGUUCCCUCUCAGAGUACAAAUUAUGUGGAGAAGAUUUUACAAAAUGGAGGUUUUUCAAAGUGCAUUCGUCUCUAUCAAGACGAAUCAAUGUCAUAUGUGUGCAAAGAGGUGAAAGCAAAAAAGUUCAAUAAGAAUGAAGUAAGACACAUGUGCCAACUAAAUGAUAUGAACAUCUGUAAGAUCUAUGGUUUGGUCUGCAAGACUGAUGAAUAUCAUAUUUACAUGGAAUACUGUGGUACUAAUCUCUAUGAGUUGAUAAAAACUGUUCAGUUCCAUUUUGAUCAGAUUGUUGACAUCACUAAACAACUUUGUAUGGCUGUUGAAUUUGCACACAACAAAAAAAUUCUUCAUCUUGACAUAAAACCGCAGAAUAUUUGUCUGCUAUUUAUGAUUCAGAGAAUUGUCCUGAAAUUGACUGAUUGGGGUUCAUCUAAACCAGACAACUUAUCCACUGAAGUUCAGAGUAUCACAUUUUAUUAUGCAUCACCUGAAUUGUUGUACUUACAUAUUUCCCAAACAUUGUCUUUAGGCAAAGUAAAGGAAGAAAUGCUAGCUAAAGCCAUAGAAUUGACCCAAAAGUUUUGUGGGAAUUACAACAAUAUUGAAAGAGUCUCAACCAAGUCUGACUCUUUCUCCAUUGGACUAACUAUUAUGCUCACUAAAACCAAGAAACACCUUUAUGAAAGAUGCAGAAGUUUCUCAAAUAUCUUUGAACUGAUUGAAAUGUUUGCAGAAAAUCCUAAUGCUGCCAGAGAUCUUCUGAAUGAUCCCGAUGACAUUUUAAUUUGUAUUAUAAAAAAGUUGAUUGAAGGUGACUCCCACAAAAGAAGCUCUGUCAAAGAAGUACAGAAAAUGAUAACCAACUAUCAAAAAAACGGUUACAAUUCCGAAGUCACUGAAGAUACUAGCCAGUCUGACAAUGUGCCACUUCCAGAACCUCAGGAGUAUAAUGUUCCUAAUUUUGAAAUGCUUUUUUAA